AACUUUCUAAUUUCGGAACAAUGCCCUUCUCCUUAGCGGCUUAUAGUCAACGGCUACAAUGCAUCACCAAACACCCCUGAAUCGGGUUUCAUAACGUAUAAGUUAAUAUUUUGAUUAUUUUCCUUGUACUCACGAAAGUGUUUGUUCUGGUAUGGGUGAUUCUGUCCUGAGCUUAGAUGACAUAAUCAAGAAAUCGAAAAAUCCAGCGAUGAAAGGCCGAGGGUCACGACGUGGUAUUAACAGAGGUGGGUUACGAACUAAUGGACCAGCAAGGGGCCGAGGAAUGCCGGUAGUUGCCGAUGCUAGAUUCAAAAUAAUCCAGAAGAAUAGAGAAAAGCUUACUGACGCUCGUGACAAGCUUGCUCAAAUAGCUAAGCAGUUUGAUGCGAGGUUGAAACUCGAUAAACUCCGCGCUACUCACUUGAAACUGAUCGAUUCCCCACAGACUGGGAUUUCCCGUCAAACUAGCCUAAAUGGACGAAUUACCCUCACAACUAAUAAAACACAUAAUAAAACACCGCAUCAGAUUCCUGCGCCAAAUUACUUGAAUCCAGGACCUAGAAACAUGGGAUACAGGGCUCCACCCAUGGUUGAGGCUCCGUACAUGGAUGAAAUGGAGAUAAAUUAUAAUGAUGAUUACAUGAUUGAAUCAGCACCAUUGCGGAGAACGGUUAGCAACGAAUAUGCACCUACACCACCGCCGCCGCCACCAGUGUUUAAUAUUAAGCCUUCCGGCACUUAUACUUGGGUUAAACCACCAGGUAGCCACCUUGGAAUGAUUCCGUCUGUACGGCAGGCUGAAAUGGAGCGGCCACGGGAUUUUAAAAUCAUCGCACGUAAUUCACUGGGUAAGGCUGCACCAUCAUCAAAAGAUGACUGGAAUUUUGGAUCCAAAGCACGAACAAUUCUAGCGCAAGAUACGGUCAGUGACAGAUACUUAGAUGUCAGAGGUCGUAGAGAAAUCGGUGUUAAAUCUCGUCUCGAUUCUUUACCAAGUAAACCUCGAACAAUGGGCAUUUUAUCCCGCCCCAAAUCAAGCUCAAACUCAACCUCAGCUACAACUGGGUACCGAAUCGUCGUUUCAAAUCUACAGGCAAAUGUAACCCAGGAGGAUAUCAAAGAACUAUUCGAAGAUGUAGGAGAAUUAUUGGUGUCGAGGUUAGUGCGCCCUGGAACAGCAGAGGUCAUUUAUAAGACUUUGAAAGAUGCAACCAAAGCUGUGGAAACUUAUCACAACAGACAACUUGAUGGACAUCCUAUGAAGUGUCUGUUAGUUAACCCUCGUCCAAAGAACAAUCCAACGGGUCCAGCAGUCAGACCAUUGCCCGAAACGAGAAGAAGUGCAAGUUCAAGUUAUGUACAGCCGAGUCUCGGAGCCGUUCAUCGCGCGCUAUUCGACGACUGAAUCGAUCAUUGUUGAGCAGCAAUAUAGAGCUUGAGAUACAUUCUCUAUAAUCCAUGAAUUCAAACUCGUCUAUCGAGUAAUAAUAAGAUCAAUGCCCAGCUCUGCUCCAACACGUACCAGUUAUGGUAGAUGAAAAGCGUCAUUCCAUGUCCGCCGCUAGAUAAUUUAACUUGGCUUUUUUGUCGACAAUUUCGAGAUCUUAGCGAAUUUUAUAACGAGGGAAACUUCGAAAAACAAAGUAAUAAAUACACGAAUAAACUGAUCAUUACAGUUAGUGUUUGUUCAGCCAUUUAUUCCUGAAACAAUGAACGAUACUGAGCAAAGGCUAUUAAACGUUACGUCUUACACAAUUGUAUAUUAUAACAUCACAGUACUGGUGGCUGGGUUCAUAUCGUGUGUAUGAUUGUAUAAUAAAUCUGUCCUGACUGCGCAAUUAUCGAGCA